CCGCACUCUCAAAGCUAGCAAGACAAUGGGACGCGGAAACGGAAACGGACGUGGACGUGGCGGCUGCGUGCAGCCUGCCGAGGCAUGGGAGAUGGCCAAGGAGACGGGCAAGGACAUCCUCGGGUGCAUCUGCUGCAUCCUCUGCACCGGCCCGAUCCUCACCAUUGUGGGCCUCAUCUUCCUGGUGGCGGCGUUGAAGGACUCGCGCGGUAAGCGGGUGGACAAGUUUGUGGUGGGCAUGCAGGAGUGGCAGUCGCAGCGGGCUACCUUUGCUGCGCGGACCUUUGUUGCCAGCGACUUUUCCAACACCAUGUCGGCGGUGACCCAGGAGGUUGUCAAGGUCGACGACGACUCUAAGAUUGCCUAUCAGCCGCUGUUCUGGCGUGUUUCAGGCCGGCCGAACUCGUUCCCCUCCGCCGGCCAGACGUUCACCUCGCCGCCGUCGGAUGUGGCCAUCGACUUUACUGAGAGCGCGACUGUCAUUUCGGGUGGCGGCGUUGUCUCGCCCAACUACAAGCGCACGAUCUCCGGGACGUCGACGUCGUCGGGCUCGUCAACCUCGCGGCCGCCUUCGCCGCCUUCGCCGCCGACGCCGCCCAAGGACCAGUGGUACAAGAUGAACCUGCUCUGCCGCCAGGUUGCAGACGGCUCCGGCUCGGGCUACUUUGCGGGCGACGGCGGCAUCGGUUGCUACUCGUCUGUCGAUACCGACUCCUACGGCCGCGUCGGUGCCUACUACACCGCCUGCGGCAGCAGCGUUGUCCAGAACUCGCCGUCGCCGUCCGAUUGCUCGUCGUACUCGGUUGAUGCUCAGAUCCGCUCGCAGAAGGACCCGGUUGUGGCCGGCUUCCGCAACGGCGCCUGCUUCUCGAAUGGUGCCCCGUCGCGCUGCUCGUUCGGCGUUAAGGCGUCGACCAAGGCUGCCAUUGGCCUUAUUAUGCUUAUUUCUGGCAUUGCAUGGACGUGCUGCGUCUACGGCGGCCUCUACGCUCUUGUGGUGUACCUGCAGAAGCGCGACAAGUAAGCGCGCUUUCUGGCUUUCACCACCUCUCCCUUCUGCUGUGUGCCGUUGCUUGCUCCGCCGGCGACGGCUGCACGGCUGCCGACUCUGCCUGCCUUCUCUUGGCCGGCGGGGCGGCAUCGUUUCUUGGCUCGCGCAGUUUUCUUGCUCUCUGCUUCUCCAGCUUGUCCCUCUCUUUGCACACACGCCCCUUUCCUCUUAAUCGGACAAACACACCCGUGCGGCCA